GUAAACCAAAGUUUCUUCUCUCUCUGUAUUUUCUCAUGUCUGCUCAGUGGAACAAAACCAUGGCCUUAGCUCUCAUGCUCGCCGCUCUUCUUCCGUUGUGUUUUGUUCCCUGCUCGGCUGAGCUUCAGCGAUUCGAACAAGACGCUAAAGCCGAUGGAUCGCUUAGCUUUUUGGUCGUCGGAGACUGGGGAAGAAGAGGACUCUACAACCAAACAAAAGUUGCUCACCAGAUGGGAAUAAUUGGAGAGAAGCUAGACAUUGAUUUUACAAUCUCAACUGGAGAUAAUUUUUAUGACAAUGGAUUAACUGGUGUGGAUGAUGCUGCAUUUUUUGAGUCGUUUGUCAAAAUAUACACAGCUCCAAGCCUCCAAAAACCAUGGUACACUGUUCUGGGAAAUCAUGAUUAUCGUGGUGAUGUUGAGGCACAAUUGAGCCCUAUCCUUAGAGAAAUAGACAGCAGAUGGAUUUGCCUCAGAUCUUUCAUUGUUAAUGCUGAAAUUGCAGAAAUUUUCUUUGUGGAUACCACUCCUUUUGUUAAGAAAUACUUCGCAGAACCAGAAGACCAUACUUACGACUGGAAUGGUAUAAGACCCCGAAAGCAGUACCUUUCAAACUUCCUGCAGGAUUUAGAUUCAGCUCUGAGACGAUCAACGGCUAAGUGGAAGAUAGUAGUUGGUCAUCACACAAUCAAAAGUGCUGGUCAUCAUGGUAACACUCAUGAACUUGCUCUGCAACUUCUCCCAAUCCUUCAGGCAAAUGAUGUCGAUCUUUACAUUAAUGGACAUGACCAUUGCUUAGAACAAAUUAGUAGCACUGAUAGUGGAAUUGAAUUUUUAACGAGUGGAGGAGGAUCAAAGGCAUGGAGAGGUGAUGUAGGGUGGUGGAAUCCCAAGGAAAUGAAGUUUUAUUACGAUGGGCAAGGCUUCAUGUCGGUCCAAAUUAUCCCUACACAAAUCGACAUAAUUUUCUACGAUAUUUUUGGUAAUGUUUUGCACAAAUGGUCUACUUCGAAACAACUUUACUCUACCAUAUAGAAAUCCUAACCUGUUCAAAAUGAAUUGCUCAUCUUUCUACUGAUGUUGAACAUUGAUUGAGAUUGUCAUUCUAAUGUAAUGGGUAUUUUUAUUGAUCGAGUUACUUGACCCUCGAAGUUUAAUUCAAUAACAAAAAUCCCUCUUAAGAUU